GGAGGAGUGCCAGUGCCAAAUGAGGUGCCAGUCUGUGUUGGUGGCUGAGUGGAGAACCUUAACAAGUCUUCAAGACACUGGAUCAACUCCUCCAUCUCUCAUACAGGUCGAGGACGAUGCUGGUGUUCCUUCUCUCCGGCAUUCUCCUGGCUUGGGUUCCUCAAGGCUUCACAAAGGCCCAGGAAAACCUUCCAGGCGUCGAUGUUGCUGACAGACCCACAGCGGCGCCUUCUUCAGAGCUCUUGAUACUAGACCAAGUCAUAGAGUCCUUAAGAAUCCCAAGAGAAAGGCUGAGGAGAAACUUACACGAUGACCACAACCCCUCGAAUGAGGCCCAAUGGAUAGGAAACCUCGACGGAGGCUCCGCGGGACGCAAGCGAAGCCUAGACCCCAAUGACGCAGGCAUCGCAGCAAGUAAGAGACGCCGAGCACCCAACGAAGCGGGUUCCGAAGAGGCUCUGAACAGCGGCAGUCUCAGAGGCGUCCCGCUCUUAGGGAACUCUACCUCAGCCAAGAGACAAACCAACUACACACCUCCAUGUCCACCCAUAAUACCCAAACCCAGCCAUUACAGCCAGUACGACUAUCUGAGGUACAUUGCUGAGAGUCGAUCAGGGUGUGUCGGUAGUCCCUGUGUCAAUAGAUGUCAUCACAGUCAUAAACCGCGAGAGACUUGCCCUUACGACUUCGAGUCGUUGUUGAUGCGACUGAAUCUCUUGGACGAGAGACUUCAGGUUUUAUCCAAGGUGGAAACCCGACUCAAAAUCCACGCAGGACUUCUGCUGAAGAUCCAGAACAGCCCUAACUUCCCUGGAGAACCUGGUGAGACAGGGCCCCGAGGACCUAAGGGCCAGAAAGGGGUGAAGGGCCCCCAAGGAAGUGCCGGAGGGCCCGGAACCUGCAUCAUAGCCUCUUCCCCCUCGCCUUCAACAGGUCCGGUGGGGCCCCCUGGAAACAAAGGGGCAACGGGCCCCCCUGGAGGAAAGCUGUGUGGAUGUGAUGGCGACCGAGGGGAGACAGGGGGCCCUGGCGAGGACGUAACUGGACCACCAGGGCCAAGAGGCAUCAAGGGUCAGAAAGGGGUGAGGGGAAAAUAAGGGAAGAUGAACCUCGCCCCUCGCUCCUAUCUUGCGUUUGUACAGUGUCCUCUUAAUGUACUGUACGUUUGUACAGUGCCUUCCUAGUGUACUAUACUCCACAACAGUGCCUUCUUAGUGUACUGUACCUCACAACAGUGCCUUCUUAGUGUACUGUACUCCACAACAGUGUCUUCUUAGUGUACUGUACCUCACAACAGUGCCUUCCUAGUGUACUAUACUCCACAACAGUGCCUUCUUAGUGUACUGUACCUCACAACAGUGCCUUCUUAGUGUACUGUACCUCACAACAGUGCCUUCUUAGUGUACUGUACCUCACUGCCUUCUUAGUGUACUUAGUGGAAGGUGAAACACAAAUACUCAGUGAUCUAGACAUCUGUAUCUCCUUGUAACUUUACUAUCCCCUAGUAUAUUUUUAUAUCCCUUAGUAUCUUUUUCAUAUCCCCUAGUAUCUUUUUAUAUCCCCUAGUAUAUUUUUCAUAUCCGUUAGUAUCUUUUUAUAUCCUCUAGUAUCUUUUCCAUAUCCCAAGUAUCUUUCUCAUAUCAACUAGUAUCUUUUUAUAACCCCUAAUAUCUUUUUCAUAUCCCUAGUGUCUUUUUAUAACCCCUAGUAUCUUUUUCAUAUCCAUUAGUAUCGUUUUAUAUCCCCUAGUAUCUUUUUAUAACUUCUAGUAUCUUUUCCAUAUCCCCUAGUAUCUUUAUAUAUCCCCUAGUAUCUUUUUAUAACUUCUAGUAUCUUUUCCAUAUCCCCUAGUAUCUUUAUAUAUCCCCUAGUAUCUUUAUAUAACUCCUAGUAUCUUUUCCAUAUCCCCUAGUAUCUUUAUAUAUCCCCUAGUAUCUUUAUAUAUCCCCUAGUAUCUUUAUAUAACUCCUAGUAUCUUUUUCAUAUCCCCUAGUAUCUUUAUAUAUCCCCUAGUAUCUUUAUAUAUCCCCUAGUAUCUUUAUAUAACUCCUAGUAUCUUUUCCAUAUCCCCUAGUAUCUUUAUAUAUCCCCUAGUAUCUUUAUAUAUCCCCUAGUAUCUUUAUAUAUCCCCUAGUAUCUUUAUAUAACUCCUAGUAUCUUUUUCAUAUCCCUUAGUAUCUUUUUGUAUCCCCUAGUAUCUUUUUCAUAUCUCCUGGUAUCUUUUUUUAUCUAUAUAAUGAUUGAUGGAAGUGACACUGAUUUUCGAGUUGAAUAAUUGAGAAAUAAAUUUGU